AUGACUACGGCCAGCGGGCUGGAUGACAUGUUCGACGAUGCCCAGAAGGGUCUGGAAUGGUUGGAGAAGCUUGAGGCCUUGCAGGCCCGCUCUGCUUCCGACCAGGCUGCCUACGAAGUCGCUGAAUACGUUAUGAAACUGCGGGCAGCGGUAACCGAGUUGGCCGGAGAGCGUACCACAUCUGAACUGGGUGAAGCUGUGGGAACGGAGACGGCGCAAUUGGUGGAGGAACUGCGGGAGGCGAGGGAGAACGACUACUGGAAUACGAAGAUCCGUCCCGCUCUCAUGAAAUCCGACUCCUGA